GCUUCCGGUACGUUGCCAUAGUUACAGCUGUCAACUUCCGUCCAGCUGUGGCGAGAAGCGGCCGGUGUUGGGGAGCCGCCGGGGCAGUCGCGAUGCCAGGCAAGGCGGCCGACAAGCACCGGCAGGGCCAAGGUGGACCUUCAGGAGGAAGGGCAGGACUACCAAGGGUUUUGAGAGCGGCAUCUAAAAAACGGGAUGACGAUGUCUCCACGGAAGCAGGAGACGUGGCAGAUGCAGGGACAGGAGUAAAGGCUCUAGUCAAACCCCCUGAUCAACUGGAGCUGACUGAGGCUGAAUUAAAAGAGGAAAUUACACGCGUCCUGAAAGCUAAUAAUCCCCAUGCUCCCCAGAAUAUCGUCAGAUACAGCUUUAAAGAACGAGCAUACAAACAAAUAAGCCAUGUGAAUCAAAUGGCCAUUCACUUCUCUUAUAAUGGAAACCUGAUACCCAAAGAUUCAGAUGAAGGCAGGCGACAGACUAUGAAAUCAACCACUGGAGCAGAAAAGGCUCCUGCUGAGACUUCUGCAGAAGCAUCUGAAGAAACACAGGUUAAAGAUGAACAAAGCACAGGAGAUACUCAGGCUGCGGGAGAGGAAACGGCAGAGGAGUCAGGACCAGAAGUAGCUGAGGCAGCGGAGGAUGAAGAGGCUCCUCCCACCAAAAAGCCAGAGAAGAAGCUUGCAAACCAGUUCAACUUCACCGAGAGAGCUUCAAGGACACUCAACAACCCUUUGCGGGAAAAAGCGUGUCAGUCGGAGCCUACACCUUGUAAAGAUUUCUCAUCCACUGUUAACCAGUGGGAGAUCUAUGAUGCCUAUGUGGAGCACAUUCAGAAAAUGGAAAAGGAAAAAGAGAAAGAGAAAUCAAAACCUCAGGCAAUAAAGAAGGAAGAGGUGAAGAAGAAGAAGGAAAGAAAGUUUACCUCUCUGGAGUUUCAGAGUAAUGAAAUAGCAAAGGUCUCAAAGGUUGCUAAGAUAAUGGAGCGGAUGGUGAAUCAGAACACACUGGAUGACAUUAUACAAGAUUUUAAAUAUUUUGAGGAUGAGUCAGAUGAAUACAGAGAUCAGAAAGGAACCCUACUCCCGCUGUGGAAGUUCCAGUAUGACAAAGCCAAGCGAUUUGCAGUUACUGCCAUCUCCUGGAAUCCAAAGUACAAGGACUUAUUUGCAGUGGGAUAUGGCUCUUAUGACUUCAUGAAACAGAGCCAGGGGAUGCUCCUGCUCUACACCAUGAAGAACCCCUCCUUCCCAGAGUAUAUCUUCAGCAGUGAGAGUGGCAUCAUGUGCCUGGACUUCCAUAAUGACUACCCCUACCUCAUGGCAGUGGGCUUCUAUGAUGGCAACGUAGCCAUCUACAAUGUGAAGGCAACCUCCCAGCCCAGCUACAAGAGCUGUGCAAAGUCAAAGCACACAGAGCCAGUGUGGCAGGUCAAGUGGCAGAAGAAUGACAUGGACAACAAUCUGAACUUCUUCUCUGUCUCUUCGGAUGGACGGAUUGUUUCAUGGACUUUAAUUCAGAAUGAGCUGGUUCAUACAGAUGUCAUCAAGCUGUCAGUAGAGGGAACAAUGGCGCAGGGGCCAGAGGGGCUGCAGCUGAAAACACUUGGCUGUGGGACAUCAUUUGAUUUUCACAAAACGAUAGACUACUUGUUUCUCGUUGGUACUGAAGAGGGGAAGAUCUAUAAGUGUUCAAAAUGCUAUUCAAGCCAGUUUCUGGAUGUGUUUGAAGCUCAUCACAUGGCCGUGGACUCAGUCAGCUGGAAUCCCUACCACUCGAAAGUCUUCAUUUCCUGUAGCUCUGACUGGACAGUCAAGAUCUGGGAUCACACCAUCAAGACUCCAAUGUUUGUUUAUGACCUGAAUUCUGGUGUAGGAGAUGUUGCAUGGGCCCCUUACUCCUCUACGGUCUUUGCUGCAGUCACCACUGAUAGCAAGAUGACGCUUACAUUCCUUGAAGACUCCACAGUGGUUCCUAAAGCAGACAAGUGGAAAGAUCUGUUAUUUCUAAGCAUGAGUCCUGCAGCUCAUUUGGCUGGCAGCGGCUCUGUGGUCCCUUCAGGCCAUUUCCUACAGAGACCUGGGUGCAGUUACUGAUGUGAUCAGCACUGAAACAAAAUGCGGUAGAGAACACCUACUUUAGUUCAUGUUGUAAAAGGUAAAAGCCUGACAGGAAGAAAAAGGUUAGCUUUGGAGAGAAAAAAAAAAAAAAAGAGAAAAAAAACAACCCCAAACAUGUGGAGAUGGAUUUGGAUACCUAGACUCUUAAACUUACAGUGCAGGAAAUCUAGGGGAUGCUGGUCAGAGAAGCGAGGAGGGGUGGAAUUUAAUCCCUGGGGCGUUUGGUAGGAUUUGCCUUUGGGAGUUUGCUUUAAUCCCAUCUCAAACAGGCUUAAAACAGGAAAGAAAAAAAGAAACAUGUAAAAGCAAGAAUCAUACUUGAAAUUUCCUGCUUGGGCUUCUUUUACUUACUUUCCUUAAUAAGGAAACGGUGCUGGCAUUUCUUCCGCUUCUGGAUCAGUCCACACAUGUGGUUGCUUUCUUGUGCUGAAUUCAUGCACAGAUUGUUACCUGUGUUUAAAAAGCUAAAGACACCCAUGUCACAAGUGUCCCUGAAUGGCUGGAUCCCAGGCUGUGAGCCACAGCUGCCCCAUGCAGUGGCUGUAAUGGUGUGGUUGAGCCUGGAGAAGGAGCCCAGCAGCAGCCUGCCAGUGCCUACAAGGAGGUCAUCAAGAAGUGGGAGCCAGGCUCUUCACAGUGGUGCAUGAAGGAACAGUAAGACACAACAGCUCGGUUGGGUUGAAAUGAGAGGUUUGGACUGGGUAUUAGGGGAAACCUUCACUGUGAAGGGAGUCACGUAAUGAAAUAGGUUGCCCAGAGAGGUUGUGCCAUCACUGUCCAUGGAGGUUUUCAAGACCAGCUUGGAUGGAGCCCUGAGCAACUGCAUCUGACCUCAGAUCUCACCCUUUGGCCAGGAGGUUUGAGUAGAGACUUCUUGGUGUCUCUUCCAACCUGAAUUACCUUCUGACCCUAUGACAUUAUGAAAUGUCCUGUGUGAGAAGGGCGAUCCCAGGGGUUUUACUACAGGCUUGCACUAAGUGCAAGUCCAUUUUCUCUCAUGUUUUUGUGGUCUGUGUCCUUCAUGACUAAUGCAGCAAGAGCAAGGUGAUGUUAUAGCCAUCUUUAGUAAAUAUUGAUAGCCUCAAGAUAAAUGCCAUCCAAAUGUGCACUAUGCAGAGAAGGCCGCUUAGACAUAUGCUCUAGGGCUUUUCCCCAUUACUGAAGCUCUUGACCUUUCAAGAUGUGAAAUACUUGAAACAACGUAAACCUUCAAGAAAUUAGCUGAUGGUUUGUGCUGCUCAGUAAGUGAGUGUGCCCUUUCCUGCUUAUACACACAUAUUUUACUGAACAACUGUUCUGCAUGAGAAGUCUUG